AUGAAACAGACGGCUGAAUUGGAGACGCUCAAGGAACGGGUUGAUGACGGCAAUGGGUGUUCAGGUGAACGACGUCUAGACGACAAACACGUGCUUAGACGACAUAAAUACGUGGUCGUUAUCGGUACCGUCAUCGGCGUCUACUCAGCUUAUCUGACUGCUUACGCCACUAUACAAGUAUUACAGCUCGUCAAUAUCAGCGAGAACUCAAGUCGAUUCCGCCGACGAGAAACCGUCUAUUUAAAAUAUAUCUGCUACUUAUGCAUUUCACUUCAUUCCCUUCUUCAACCGCUCUGCUAUCUUCGCAUGAGAGAAUUCAGACAAUCAAUAAGAAGGGCGCUUUGUGGUCGAUCAAAUCGUGAACAAAUCACAAACGAACACUACUACACGACGAACACCACGAAAGAGAUGAUCGUUGGGAAGCAGUUUGUCUGA